UGCCAUGCGGAACCCAAACAAUGUAGUGUAAUGUCAUUCAGCACCAGUGAAAGUAGAUUACAUCGAAGAGGACUCCUGUUACAAUAACAAUAUAUUUAUUUAAAAUAAUCAUUGGACUUUGGAAGUAGAAAAUAAGCAUGGCAUCGGCACAUAUUAUGCCAGGAUAUCACGACCCAGUGUCCAGAUUUCGGCUGGUCCAGUCAGCGUAUCCACUAGACGCCAGGAGAGCGCGUGGCGCUAGCUUAAGCCCCACAGUGCCCGUGGAGUCCUUAGAAUCCAUAAAGGAGAGAGCGAGGUACGAGUGGUCAAAGCCAGACCGCUCUCCCACCACCUAUAACUCUUUUCAUAACGAGAAGAUUUCAGAUGAACCCACGUCGAGCCGUCCUACCUCAGCUCAUAGAAGAAACAACCCCCACCCACCUCUAGUGUUCUUAACCUGUCGUCUUCACCAUGUCCCUGGUUAUCACAAUGCUGAUGCCACUCUAGGAAAGGAAGUUUACAGAGUUGACGGCAGUGCAGGAUUAUCUCCUCGUGAAAAGCAGCAUCGCUCCCAAUUCCGAGCCAAGUUCACGCCAAAAACUUCUACAGCAGCUCUAAGACAGUACGCAGAUAGAGAGCAACUUGAAGAGCUUCUACCCCCUCGAGAGGCUCAAGCAGCAGAGGCGUGGCUUAAACUGACCAAUGAUAAAGAUAAAAGAAGAGUAUUAGAUAUGUUUAAUGGGAUUGGUAUAGAGAAGAAAAUACAGGAUGGGGUCAUUGAUCCAGAGUUGGAUAACAGGCAUGCACCAAUGGUGGCAUCUCUUCACAGAUAUUUGAAGAAAGCAGGCAUACAAGAGGAGCAGACCAUUCGUAGAAUCAUGGAUUCCUUAGGCACCAACCCCAACCUCCCCAAUAUGAUGAUUCCUUACCAAACUCUCGGUGAAAAAGGUCCAAGGAGACAAGAAGAUAUAGCAAAGACUCGCCGUGUCACAUAUCGCUACAAACCAACAAGAGGUGACUUUUUAAUGCAUCCUGAUUGGCCACCAACUCUCGCUCCUCACAGCCUUCCUGAUUGGCCCAAUCCUAAAAUGCCACCCACGACUACAAUUCCGGCUCCAUUAUGGAACUGGUAAAUGCUAUUUAGGGUGACAGAGGACCACAAAGACCUAAUAAAGAAGCAAAAAAUGAGGACAUCUUUAUGAUAUGAACUUGUAAUAAAAAUGCUGCUACCAGAUUCAUGUUUUACAUUUGGUGCUUUAUUAUUUAUUGGUAAUACGCAAAUUUUAGGUCUAAAAAAAGUGAAGUCACAGUAUUUUACAUGGUACUAAGAUUUAGAAUGGUUACCAUGGGGUAAUACCAUGGAAGGCAGAGCAUAUGUGGUUUAAGUUGAACAGAUUUUCUGAAAGUGAAGCACAAUUGUUUUUGAACCAUUAGAAAUUAGGAUUUUUGAAACUGUUGAUAUUAAAAAGUUUGGAGUAGAAAAAGGGUUUCCAAGGUAGACUUUUUUGACAACUUGUACUGUUUUCAUGCUCUCCUUAAAUACCAUCUACUCAAACUUUCUCUUUGUACCAAAGGGUAUUUAUUUGAUAUUUUUCAUUCUUUUUUUUUUUUAGAUGUUUUUGUUGUUUAACCAAGUUUCAUUUUAAAAGUGCAUAGAAACAAUUUAAAAUGUUUUUGACAAUGAAUUUGACUUUGAUAUAUGAUGUUUAAAUAUUAUUUGAUAUAUGACUGAUUUCAAAAGACAAAGAUUGACAAUUUCUGUUAGAGCUAUUCAUGUGAAAUACAGGCCUUCUGUAGUUCAUUAUUAGAUAGCAUUACCAUUUACAGUUUAUUUAUAAAGACCUGCAUUUAAAGUUCUCAGCUGUUAGCAAAAGAAAAAAACUGCAUAUAAAUGUGGUACUUUUUUAGCACUUUAGAUGUACAUACAACUGCUUAAUAUCUUUAUUUAGUUUACAACUAAUAUGCUUAAUUUCUCUUUUGUUCUUAAUUAUUCUAUUCUAUUCUAGUCAAUGAGAAAUUGGUGAUUUUAUCAUUGCAUCUUAAUUAAUGAUGCAAUAUUCUGAUUUAUUUUGUUUAACAUAUUCUGAUGAAGAUGUUCAAUAACAUUUUUUGUACAAAGUUAUAUUCAAUAAAAGCU